UCUCCUUCUCUGUGGCGCACGAGAUUUCCCGUCACACCAGCUCACACCUUCUCCUCAGGCCGCGCUCUCAUUACCUGCGCUGUUUGUUGAUGCUGUAGAGGGCUCGGUGGAUUGAGGUCAGGGGUUAUAACGGAAAAGAGUUGGAAGAGACGAUGCGGGAAGAGGACUCCUCCCCAGUAAUGGACAGCGCGGGGAACAGCGAGGAGGAGACUGACCGUCAGCUGCCGCGGAGGGGCGCGAGGAAGCGGCGGGCGACAAGGAGGAGCGCGGACGACGAUGAGGAGAGAGACGUGGAGAGUCCGAGCCCCGAGAAGAAGUGCAGAAAGAACUGCGACUUAGGAGGAGGCGGAAGCGCGGGGAGCGAAGGCAGCAGCAGCCCGGAGCCCUCCUUCGAUGACCUCCAGACGCAGCGCGUGAUGGCCAACAUCCGCGAGCGGCAGCGGACGCAGUCCCUCAACGAGGCUUUCACGUCGUUACGUAAGAUCAUUCCCACCCUCCCGUCGGACAAGCUGAGCAAGAUCCAGACGCUGAAGCUCGCGGCCCGGUACAUCGACUUCCUGUGCCAAGUUCUGCAGAGCGACGAGCUGGACGCGCGAGGGGCCAGCUGCAGCUACGUGGCGCACGAGCGGCUGAGCUACGCGUUCUCGGUCUGGAGGAUGGGGGGCACGUGGUCCCUGUCCACCACGUCCCACUAGAUGGAGGAUGGACCGGAUGGAGCAGCAGAUUGUCUGACUGAAGAACAUGUGGAUCAGGCUUCUUCAGACUCAGCACUGACACAGGAUCAGCCGCUGUCCGUCAGGCUGCAGAGGAGAGCCGGCUUUUCAUAUUUCCCAUUGCAUGGACUGUAAUGUUUGCAUGGGGAGCACUUAGGACAGACAGGAUGGAGCUGAAGAAAGAAAGACCACUGCGACUACGAAUGUUGUGAAAGCAAGAUGAGCUCUGAGGGACUGCUCAGUUUUGAAACACAGAGAAAAAUGACACUUCAUUCCACAUUCCCUGUGACAGUGUUUCACAGCAAAUGAAGUAUCCUGUAUUUAUUUUUCUAUACAUGUGCGGAAUUCCUUUUCCCCCCUCGCUCAAAUAAAAGUUAUUUAUUUUUGGAAUAUCUCAGAAUGCUGAAUGGAUCUGGUGUCUGCACAUUUUGAGUUUUGUAAAUAUUUGGCAGUAUCUUGAAUUAAAAAGAU